UCUAAAUGAGCUAAGCCAACCAUGGUCAUUGAAGCCACCCUGGGUAGCCCUACGGGGUCUCCGGCUCAAGCCAUCUGGGCCCCUUUCCGCAUACCGGACCCCCCCCCCAUGGCGCCCGCGCCGGCGCGCAACAGGUGCUUUCAUGGUGCCCUUCUCUUCACAUUGAGCCAAGGCCUGAGAACAACUGCCACAUGCACUCUCAAUGCACAAGCAUGUCCAGGAUCGCCGGUAGAUUGGUCUCACCAUGCAUCCUGCAUGGAGACACGAAGGUUUCAGAAUCCCUGCGAAAACGUUCAAGAGGAAAUAGAGCUACGCAUUGAAAAGAACUUGGAUCGCAAGAAGCUACCAGGUCAGUACGAGCUUCUGAGCACUCAGCAUGGCACCUGCAGCAAGGGCAGCAGAGCCACCAGCCCACAUGCUGUUCCAGGUCCCUAUACAGAUAUCUUCGGUUUUCUCUACGUCUCCGAACCGGACGGCUGCUGGGUCACCAGCUGUUCUGAGAGCCAGGUGGAGAGCCUCUGCGACUUUUCCACCAACUUCUGCAAUAUGUUCAACCUCUACUGUAACGAGAUGGAUGGUUGUGAAAGUGUGAAACAUACGCUCAACUACGAUGCGGCUCUCUUUGGCAAGAACUGCAACCACGGCAAGCAGUGUGAUGGAUGGGAGACCGACAAGACGCAAUGCACACGAAGAUGAUUUCACCUGGAAAGAUACUGUGGCUGUGGCUGAAAAUUGAUGAAUUUCUCAAUUUCAUGGUUAAAGUUUUAAAAAAACGAGUGAAUCUGUGGGUGAAUGUGGUCUUCAAUUUUGACCCAUAGCCCCUAGUCCAUACUUAUCACCUGUUUUCAAACCACUUACAUACGACGAUGCAAAUGCGGCGAAAAGAGGCACCCCGG